AUGGGGGCGAUCCUGGCGGCGCUGCUGGGGGAUGAGGAUGAGGAGGGCGGCGGGGAGGAGCAGGAGGAGCAGCAGGCGGCACAGCAGCAGCAGCAGCAGCAGCAGGCCGCGAUGCAGCAGCAGCAGCAGGCCAUGGCGCAGCAGGCCGCGAUGCAGCAGCAGCAGGCAAUGCAGCAGCAGCAGGCGGCGAUGCAGCAGCAGCAGCAGCAGCAGUAUGCGUUGAUGCAGGCGCAGGCGCAGCAGCAGCAGCGGAUGGCGAUGGGGCUUGGGGGCCAGCAGCAGAUGUGGCGGUGA